AGCGGUCGCAGCUCAGUUCUCGCUCACCCAGCCGCCUGGGCGGGAGCAAGGCCAGAGGAGCCACCGUCCCACGCCACCCCCGCGCUCCCUGGACCUGCCCCACGGGAGCUUCCUGACGCUAGUCCUCUGGAGUGAGGAGGGCCCUGCGGGUGUCAGAGCCGAGGGCUAGGGAGGGUGGCGCGCAUGGCCUCGGCAAGCGCGCGGCGGCUCCCAGUCAGGACGAGCGCGGCGGCCCAGCGCUGCUGCGGCCUCCCGCUCCGCCCGGGAGCACGCCCGGCCCCAGCCCCGCCCCCGGGCCCUCCAAGACCGCGGCGACCAAUGAGAUUUCUGAUUUCCGGCAGCCUCCUCUUGCCCCGGGCUGCCCAAGUCUUGGCGGCUGAGGCUGGCUUACCUCCCAGCCGUUCCUUCAUGGGCUUUGCUGCCCCCUUCACCAACAAGAGAAAGGCUUACUCCGAGCGUAGGAUCAUGGGGUACUCAAUGCAGGAGAUGUUCGAGGUGGUAUCCAAUGUCCAGGAGUACUGCGAGUUUGUGCCUUGGUGUAAGAAGUCUUUGGUGGUAUCCAGCCGCAAAGGUCACCUGAAGGCCCAGUUGGAGGUUGGCUUUCCACCUGUGGUGGAACGUUAUACCUCUGCUGUUUCCAUGGUCAAACCUCACAUGGUCAAGGCUGUUUGCACUGAUGGCAAACUCUUCAAUCACUUAGAGACCAUAUGGCGAUUCAGCCCUGGUAUUCCUGCCUACCCGCGAACUUGCACUGUGGACUUUUCGAUUUCCUUUGAAUUUCGUUCUCUGCUGCACUCCCAGCUGGCCACCAUCUUUUUUGAUGAGGUUGUCAAACAGAAUGUUGCUGCCUUCGAGCGCCGGGCAGCCACCAAGUUUGGUCCAGAAACAGCCAUCCCCCGUGAACUUAUGUUCCAUGAGGUGCACCAGACUUGAGGCAAAAGAUUGUUCCUUAGCUUCUCCUCUACUCUCUCUCCACCCAGUUCUCAUUUGGCUCCUGCUCUAAUCUGAGAGAAGUCUGUGUUGAUAAUACUGUUUUUCCUCUCAAUUCUCUUAGGGCUCUAAGGUGGCUGGAAAUGUUGGAGGAGGGGAGAAGGCAGGAGGAUAUGGAAAGGACACAUGCUUAGGAAAUCGUCAGGCUUAGCUGGAGAGCCCUAUAUACUGAUGCCUACAGCCAUCUCACAGUGCAUUAUAAUUAGUCCUGUGUAGUUAUCUCUGAGGCCCGUCAAGGUACCUUAGUGUCUAAGCAGGGAAAAUAGCAACUUUUUUCUUUAAAAAACAACACCCCACCCAAUUUUUAUUUAUUGACUUUAAAGAGAGAGAGGGAGAGAGAAACAGUUUGUUGUUCCACUUAAUUAUGCAUUCACUGCUUGAUUCUUGUAUGUGUCCUCAGCAGGGACUGAACCUGAAACCUUAGCCUAUGGGGACGAUGACACUCUGAGUUACCCAGCCAGGGUCUUGUCUUUUUUAAAUUUUUUAUUGAUUUUAGAGGAAAGGAGAGAGAGAAACAUCAAUUUGUUGUUCCACCCAUUUAUACAUUCAUUGGUUGACUCUUGCACGUGGCCUGACUGGGGUUCGAACCUGCAACCUUUGGCCUAUCAUGAUGGUAAUCUAACCAACUGAACCACCUAUCCAGGGCACAACUUUUCUCAAGUAUUGAAUAAACUGAGCCUUUUCCUCUGACACAGAGGAACUGGAAGGUCAAUUACUUUUGCUUGCCUGAAAUGCCUUGGGAGAUGCCAGAGAUCUGGCCACAGGUUGAAACAUGACUUCACUUUAAGAAUAUUGCCACGCUAGUGGAGAGCCUGGGGCUUUCUUAUCAUCAGUGCCAUGGGAUAAAGAGAAAAACAAAAACAAAAACACUGAACAGAGUUGUACUCUUGGGUACAACUUCUUCCACUUGGCCUGAGUUUUUAUAAUAUUUCAAUAAAUUAAUUGUGACAGUGUGAAUAUGGCUUUUUCAUAUUGUUUCUUGGGAGGAUAAUAUAGAUAUAGCAGAGUAGAAUAAAGUCAUGGGGAGUGAAGGCACAAGAAGGCCUCUAGAACACAGUGUCCCUUCUAACUAUAGUAGUAUAUUCUGCAAGCCAGGACCUAGUACCCACUCCCUUGUCUAUUAAUAGACUUUUCCAGAAGGUCAGUUGCAGCAGGAGUCUCAAGAUAGAAUAAUCUGAUCUCAGAUUAUUAACUGAUGCCCUCAGGACCACCUCAUAUUUUAUGGGCCUUCUUAAAAGAGGCUGCAAGAAUAGGCAUUCCAUGAAGUACCAGCACCCCAGUGGUUCACAUUCUGAGUUUGCCAUCCUAACCCUAUUUGUCCUUGGUAUAGUUGCUUCCUUUCACCCAGUGGGCUGGACCAGUUUCCUUAGCUUAGUCACAUCAGCAGUUGUGAGGUCUCAGCUAUAGUUCUGCAGUGCUCUACCUUAUAAUAAAUUUAGGAAGGAUAGGGGCUAAAGGUCAAAGACUUCUAGCCUUGAGGAAAGACAGAAAUCUCCUCUGGAAAGCUCACAGGGAGCCUUUUUGCAGAUUAGGGUGAAGAAAUGCCAAACCUACCUAAAAAUAAAGGAAUACACGUAACAACUUAUAGCAGCUCACUUAAGUCCAGGAUCUUGCCAGCCAGAUUUCUUAUCUGAUAAUAGACUGGGGUUCAUAAUAGAUGAUCUCAUAAUAGAUUCUUCUAGGUCUUAUUUAAUAGCAGGCUCAAGCAUUGUUAAUAAAAACAUUUAUUUUGCAUUUUAUACAGAACAACCUGAAGUCCGCAUCCUGACUUGACAAGUCACCCAGGGGUUUACAGACUGUGUGUCCAUCUCAACAGCGCAGUUCUGGGAUCAGGGGGUCCACACAAACACAGGCAGGAGUUGUGAGGGAGGAAGGGGCGCAGCAGGAGUGUAUGUCAAUCCUUUCUUAAAGAAAAGGCAGCAGAGCAUUCUGAGUCACUGAAACCUGUGCAGAUGGGGCUUCUAAAGCAAACACUGUACUGGGAGCUCUCAGGGACAGGGCAGCCAGGGUAAGGACUUUGAUAAAUAAAAGGAUAUUUUCUUGUGGCUGGGGAUGAGGAGGCUGACUAUUUUUAAUGCCCUCGGCCCUAGAACCUGAUAUUCAAAGGAGACCAUGUCCAAACUUAAAUCAUUUCCCUGCUCAGAAAAAGGUACUAGUACCCCUGGGACCAGACCAUGAAGCUAUCAUGCUGGUCAUUCCCAAGUCCCUAUUCUAUGGCCCACAGCAAACUAAAAUAAAGGGAAAAAAGAG